UCCAUGAUAACUCCAUUGAGGCGCUCUCAUGUCCGCAUGCAUCACCUGCGUUAGUACAGGAAAGUAAACGGGGUUCUUUUUCGGUCGCUCGAUCUCUAAAGUCGCAUGAUUUUGCUGGAUUCAAGUUUUUACUUUUUCUUCAAUGGAGUGUUAUGAUUAGAUUUUUUUGACUAUCGAUCGUCUCCACCGCCACCCUGAAGUUCAUUGUUAUCAUCUUGGCCGCCGGCAUGGUGGCCUUCAUCGGCGCCGUGAUCUGCAUCAUCGCGGCCGUCCACACCGGAACCACCAAGGCGGCACGGCAGCAACCGGCAGCCGACAACCGCUCGCUGUACGUGGCUGGCGCGACGCAGCCCCCCGCUACCAGAGGCUCGGCUGCCAGGGCUGGAACCCUGGGUGCUCUCCACGGUUCUGAAGUGCCCGAAUCCGAGGCACCGACCUUUCACAUCGGACUCGGCGGUCUGGACGGGGUCACUGGACUGACUGGGCACCACCCAGCUGUCAGUCGACUCAUAUGCACCCCAAUUCCCGCAGGGGAGUGCAACCCGCAAAACUUUCAGCAACAAGCGGACGACCCAUUGCUAUACGCGGGAGAGGACUGGGGGUACCUCCGCACCACCGCGGAUGAGCUCCGGCAGACCGUCCUGCAACAGAAGGCGCAAAUACAAACGGACCAGCGGACAAUCAGGGAACUGACAGGAAAACUAUCCGAGUGCGAGAAGGGGGUGAUGAGUCGGGGUGGCGUCGCCGACAGAGGCAGGGGAGCUGUGGGCAUAUGGGGAGGCAAAAGCCCGGCAGAGGGGGCGCACCCGGAGCGGGUCAUGGUGCGGGACAGCCCUGCGUAUGCACCUGACCACGUGCUCACGGUACGGGCUGUGGAUGAGCUCGAGCAGGCCAUCAGUCAACUCAAAGACCGCAUCGAGAGACUGGAGGCAGACAUCAAUUUAUUUCCCCACAACCAGACGGACCUAAACACUUCAGCAGUGGUGGAGGACGGCAGCAAAUCUGGUGGCCCAGAAAGUUUAGUUGGGCACAAAGCUGGUGCAGAAAGACCCUGGAGGAUGGAGGACUUGGAAGGGGCGCUUGAAAGGAAGGUGGAGCUGUUGGAGAAAGAGAGAAAAGCCUUGAGGCUGGAAACAGAAAGACACAGACAGGAAAUGGACCAGGGAAUCAACAAGCUCCACCAGCGACUCUCAGGGCUGGAGGAAGCUCAUUCCUUUCCAGAGGGCUACAGACUGUCUUUCCCGUCCCGUACAAACUACAUGUACGCUACGGUGAAACAGUCCAUCCCGAAGUUACGGGCCUUCACCUUCUGCCUGUGGCUUCGGCCCACAGAAGGAGGCAUCGGAACACCCAUCUCCUAUGCUGUUCCUGAGCAACCCAAUGAAUUAGUGCUGCUCCAAGGCCUGCAUACGCCCACUGAGCUGCUUAUCAAUGACAAGGUGGCACGAUUACCUCUGAAUAUUUCUAGAGGCAACUGGCAGCACAUCUGUGUGAGCUGGAAUCAGAAAGGAGGAGAGUGGCAGGCCUACCAAGGGGGAAAGCUGAGGGGAGAAGGCCAUGGACUGGCAGCUGGUCAUGACGUUAGACCCGGGGGUGUGUUAAUCCUGGGUCAAGAGCAGGAUUCCCUGGGAGGAGGCUUUGAUUCAACUCAAGCUUUAGUUGGGGAGUUGUCCCAGAUGGGUCUUUGGAACCGAGUCCUCUCUGCUGACCAGGUGGCCAGCUUGGCUCGUUGUAGAAUGCUGACCCAGGACAGCGUGGCUCCUUGGAUUGAGCGUGGAGUGGAGGUUUAUGGUGGAGCCACCAAGUACCCCGGGGAGCCUUGUAGUAAACACAGCCGGAUCUCUAAGUGACAGAUGGAGCAUUUGAGGAAAAGGAUGGUGUCAGGGAGAGGGAAAGUUUCAGCUUUUUUAAACAAAAAGUUAGCAUUCCAUCUGGUUCAUAUUGGUACUAGAAAUGGUUUUAAACAAUUCUCUGUGGGACUGACCUGAUGAAUGUUUGAAAAAGCAAUUAGGCUUUGCAGUUUCACUAUAUGGCCAAAAGAUUAGGACACAUACAGGAAGUGAAAAUGGAAGAAAAUACACGGUUGUUCUCCACUUUGCAAAUAAUCUGGGAAGACUUCAAGUUUCUGGUGUGUCUUUAAGGAUAUUGUUAUAAACGUAAGACCAAAAUACAACCUUAAUGACCAGAUUGAAAGAAAGAUUAAUGAAAGAUUGUCCCAAUUGUCUCAAUAAGAGGAAGGAUAAAGAUUUCAGGUGAGUUUAUAAGAGUCUGAGCUCUUGAGCUUCACAAAGUGCAAUCACCAAGUGCAGUCUGUUUCGGAGAACUGCACCAUACAAGAUGUGAGUUGUCAUAUGAGAUAUUUGGAAAAAUAAACAUUUUAUUUCAUGUAGAGUAAGCUGAUGCAAACCAGCAAUCUAAAUGCAACUUGUAAUAUUUUAGUAUUAAUUAACGACAGAGCCGUUUACGUCGUGAUUUGAGAACGAAGAGAUAUUGUUAGUCAAGGUGAGAUGAUGCAAAAUGUUACAAAGAUGGGUAGGACUAUCAAGAAGCUGAUGGCAGCAAGGUGAUGAAAGACAAGGAAAAUAAAACAUUUAUCUCGUAGACUGUGUAAUAUGGAACAUUCCGACCUGCAUGUUAUAUUCAUACCUGUAAUGUCUUGCCUGUGCAAUGUGUCCAUUUUGAGCUUCACAAAUAAGGACAGUGCCUAAUAAUGCUACUCUUUCUUUACAGUAUGACCAGCACACAAAUAUUUCUUCUGUCCUAACCCUAAAAAAAGAAACAUGUCAAUGUGCACACUGAUCAUAGAUGUAUUUGAAUAUUUCCAUUUGUUGAACCAAAACAUAUAUACAAUUUAUCAAUGGCUGAGUGUCAAUAAUUAAUUUUCAGUAAAUUUAUAUUACCUUUGUGAAAAUCAAGUUACUUCCCUGACAAUUGAGAAUUCUCUUUAAAAUUUUGUCCGUGUGUAUAGACCGCUAACAAUCACUAACCAAAAUAUUGAGUAACAUUGCAGACACAGCCUAACAUUCUGACUACUGCACUGAAAAGAAAAAAAAUAAAGAAAAAAACUAAACAUAAAAAAAAAAAAAAAAAAAAAAAAAAAAGUCAUUUGAAGUUACUUAGUUUGAACAUGUACAUCAGUUGCAUAUGAUUAAAAUGACUUUUUAUUUAGGAGAAGAGGGGUAAAUUGUUAUUUUAACACAUUUUAAUCGUGCAACUGAUGUACAUGUUAAAAUUAAGUAAAUUCAAAGGACUCUUUUUUUUCAGUGUGGGUUAGUUUGCUAUGUAGCAUACUUACUUUAACAUUAUGCUGAUAAUUCUAAUAUUAAUCGAAUGUGUAAAAGUGUGAGGGUCAAAUACAGAACAUUACAAGCAACAAUUAGAUUAAACUGUAUUUACAGUCAAAAUGAAUUUGGAUUUAGGCGAUUGGAGACCGAAGAAAAGUAUGUUAAAUAGACAAAUACAUUUCAGCAUUCCACUAGCAUCCAGUUGCUGCCCAAUGAAAAUCAUGUACUGCUUAUCCAAAUUCUGUGUUUUUCGAUUCCAUUCCAACUGUGACAACUUAGUAAUGUGGCGGGAUAGAACUGUCAUCUUCCUACAUUCCAUGCAUGGGGCCUUGUUAAGGUUUAUGUCACCUCUGGUUGAAUCCAAAAUAUUGUCCAAAAACAUACCCAAAAAAAAAAAUCUAACUCAAGUUUUGGGAGAAAUGACGGAGUGACAGUAUAAAUACUUGCUGUCAACUACAGAUAAAAAUAUUAUAAGUAUUUCCCACACCUGUGUUAAAACAUGUUAUGUAUCAUUCUGAUGCAAAAUUAAAACUGUAUUUUGUUCAUGUUCAAGUGAUUUGUCCCUGCAGAACGUUUAUGCGAUACAAAAUUUGAGAAGAGAAAUAUACAUCAAAUCAUCUUGUGCCUAAUAUUGUCUAUAUGGAUGUGUUCCAGUGUGCAAUGUUGACAAGAAUGAUGUUUUUGUGGUUAAUGUACUGCGCUGUAUGUCACGGCUUUUUGGGAAAUUUUAAUAGUGUUAUGGCAUUAAACUGUCCAAGAUUGAUGGUACUGAAAAAUAAACCUGUUAUGUCUUUUAGGGAUGUUUUUUGUUUGCAUUUAUACAAUUGUAUGUCUAAUCUGUUACAUACUGUACAUAAAUACUGAGUAUCUGUCUUGUUGUACUGUGAUGUUUAUUGUCAUUUAUUACAAUUAAA